AUGCAGUCGACUGGCACAAAAGUGGUCGCUCCAUCGGCCAUUCCAGCGACAGGUUGGAAGUACCAUCACAUCCCAGGCAAUCCUGGCCACACCACCAACAUUCACGCCGUGUCAGAUCCCAGCGCCCUGAUCGAAACCUACCGCCGCGCCGCCCUGCUCGCCAACAAGGCCGGCUUCGAUGGAGUCGAACUGCUCUGCCAGGGCGGCUUCCUCCCCCAUCAAUUUCUCUCCUCACGCUCCAACAUCCGCACCGACGCGUACGGCGGCUCCGUGGAGAAUCGUUGCCGUUUCGUGCUCGAGCUCGUCUGUAUGCUUGGCGAGACAACGCCGGGCGGGCUGAACCGGGUCAUUGUGAAGAUGGCGCCCUGCGAUGUGCUCAAUGACUCCGUCGUUGGGUACGACGAAAUGAUCGAGACGUACACGUACCUGAUUGGGAAACUGGUCGAGAUGGGCCUCGGAGCGAUUUGUAUUUCUCGACGAGGAGGGAGGCAUGAAAGUAGGGAUGGAAUGUUUGAGCGCCCUCCCGAAGGCGAGUUCGCGCUCCCGGAGGGGUUUGAUGCAGUGCUGGAAUUUGGGCCGCUGGUCAAGCGGAAGGGUAGCCGAACGCUUUUGAUAGCUGCUCAGGAUUACAGUGCGGAAGAGGCGGAGAGAACGGUGGCGGAGGGGAAGGCUGAUAUGGUGCAGUUGGGCAGGGCAUUUGUCUGGAAUGCGGAUUUGGUUGGGAGAAUUGGGAAGGGGUUGCCGCUGGCGGAGAAUGGGAGGGGUGGAUGGGUGCUUUACGGACCUGGGCCAGGUGGCUGUGUGGAUGAAGGCAUUGACGAUAGCUCUCCUCCGCCCACGCCAAGGCCAAUCGAGAACCCGAGACUUGACGUUGGUCACGAACGGCUGCGCGUGCCUCAUACGGAGCAUCCCGUAGCAGAAAGCGGUCAGCCGUCCCGUCGAGCCUCAGUCGAAGCUGAAGCUGCAUUCGACAACGGUCUCCAUGUUGGCCCAACAAGCGGAGUAGCAUUUCUCUACAGGUGGGCUGAAGAAGGCUUCAAUGAGGCUGCGCCCACCGCCGAUGCGACUCCGCUUACGAGCUAUGGCGACACAAGCAUUCCGCAAGUCGCGAAAGCGCCACUACCGGACCUUGCUGAAGGGAAGGCAUUGAUAGAACACUACUUUCGCUUCUCAAUGCCCACAUUCCGCUUCUUUCAUCAGCAGACUCUCGAACGCUGUAUGCAGGACCUCGUCCUACGCAAGCCGCUACCAUCCAUUCAGGCGGCGAGUGUGCUAGUUGUGCUUUCGCAUGCCUUGAUGUACAGCGAAGACGCCCCCACAGCGCCAUAUCGGAUAUCUGAGAGGAGCUUGUCGUAUCUGCAACAGGCCAGGACGCUCUUCAACAAUGAGGUUGGACCAGCGUCGGUGGCCAGUGUAGAGGCCCGGGUGGCUGCUUGCCUCGUCUUGCUGAGCAUAUCCCACUUCAACGAGUGUCGCUACCUCUUCGCCAUGGUUCAUGCCUUGGUCAUCUCGCUUGGCAUCCACCGCAGGACCCCAAAGCAGUACAAGAUGUCUCCACUCGAAUCUCAACGCCGCAAGCGCGUCUUUUGGAGCUUCUACGGCAUCGAUGGCUAUGUGUCGGUCCUGCUUGGACAGCCUCGCCUAUUACGAGACGAAGAUGUGGACCAGGAGUACCCCGACAAUGUUGAAGACGUUCUUCUUGAUACAGCUACCGAUCUAAGUCAGUGUCCUCAUCACGGGACGUUGGAGGCUGCACUCUACCAUGCGCGUCUGGCUCGACUGUUCGCUAAAGCCAACGAUAUGCUUUACCCGAUCCAAUCGCUAUCCACCGUCGAGAUCCUGCGUCGAAGCGAGGUCAUGAUCGAUGCACUUGAUGACCUGCAGCGAGAACUGCCGGCGUAUCUUCAGCCUCGACUUGCGGCCUCCAUCGGGGUGCUUCCACAUGAGCGGCAGAAUACCGUCCUCAGCCUUGCCUUUAGUCACGCCUACAUUCUGGCCACGCGAAGAACGAUACUGCUGAAGACCACGGGCGAGUCGUACCAGGCAGAAGACCGAGAGCGGCACCAACGAAGCAUUCGGACCUGUGUCAGUGCAAUCUGCUCCAUGGUGGACCGAGUGCAUCACAUGAUUGAGCACAAGCGACUGCUCUGGGGCUUCUGGCUCACGCAGUACGUCAUGACAGCCGCUAUAUCGACGUUCCUGGUCUUCAAGCUGGAACAUGCUCGUCAGAAUGUGUCGUACGAGGCAUCCAGUGUUGACCUUCGAGAAUAUUAUGCGAAAGCAGAUGAGAUCCAGAAAUACCUGUCCUUGAUCGCACCUGAGGGCUCCCAGGCGAGACGUCAUCAUCAGCUACUUGAGCGAUUGAAGCAGAGAGCGAAUCGCGCCCAUCUGAAAGCCAGAACGUCGCGACAUGGAGAAGAGACCACAAAAGGUGCUAUUCGGGCAACAUCAUUGAACGCAGAUACGACGCUCUCACCACGUCUUGAUAUUUAUGAUGAGUAUGCUCCAGCAAGCAACGCCAAUGCCGAUCAGCUCACCCCGAACAUGUUUGACUAUGCAUUCCUGGAUGCUUCUUCCUGGCAAUUCCUCGAUCAACUUGGCUCGGCAGACUUCGACUACACCCCAGACCUAUGGAGCAUUCCGUGA